AAAAGAACCAUUGGAGUGAAGCUGUGCCCCAAAGAAGCACAACAACAACUACAGCAUCAACAAUCAACAUUAGCAGCCAUCAACAGCAUUAGCAGCCUUUAUCAUCAUCAGCGGCAACAACAAAACCAGGCACAAGACCAAGAAGCUAACAUACAUAUCUACAAAAAUACAAGGAAAGUAAUCGAAGACAUCACGGCAUCAAGGAAGGCAUGCCCCCUGGCUCCAACGGCGGAAACGGGCAACUGCCUACAAUGCCGGCUCUGCCACCGGUACCACGCCUUGCGGACGUGCUCGGCCUUCAAGGCGAUGAAGCCGCUAAAACGGUUGGGAGUAGCCCGAGCACAGGGUUACUGCAUCAACUGCCUUGCCCUCACCCACACUACCGGGGAGUGCGACUCGCCAGGCAGCUGCAAGACCUGCAGGCUAGCGCACCACACGCUGCUGCAUGUGGCAGCCAAUAACCAUGCGCGCACAGGCCAACGAAAGCAGCAGCCCAAGCAUCGCGCACAUGCAGGGAAGCCAGUAAAGACGCCCACCAACAAGGGAAGCCCGGAGCAAAAGGCGCAGAACCCGCGCAACCAGGCGCACAAUAUGCGCAAUCAGGCAUCGCAACCGCCGCGCAAGAAGACCGCCCGACGCUCGAUUGCGCGCACCCUCCAAGGCCUGACACACACACACACACUCAACGUGUAUAGUGGUCAACAUCCAUAG